AUGGGUAGAAAGAACAACACAAAUGUAUCAGACUUCUUCCUCAUGGGACUGACAGACUCUGAAGUAAUCCGGCUGGUCCUCUUUAGUCUAUUUCUCCUGAUUUAUCUGAUCACUGUGCUGGGGAAUGCAGGGAUGAUGCUAGUAAUUCAACUGGAUCUCCAGCUUCACACCCCCAUGUAUUUUUUCCUCAGUCACCUCUCAUUCCUUGAUCUGAGUUACUCAACCGUAAUUACCCCUAAAACCUUAGAAAACUUAUUGACUUCCAACAAGUGUAUUUCAUUUGGGGGUUGUUUCACUCAGAUGUUUUUCUUUAUUUUCUUCCUUGUCGCUGAAACUUUCCUUCUCUCUUCAAUGGCCUAUGAUCGCUAUGUAGCUAUCUGCAACCCUCUGCAAUACCCAGUUUUUAUGUCCAGGACUCUCUGCCACUUCCUCAUCAUGGCAUCCUACGUAGUUGCCCUUUUUGACUCCAUUCUCAUUGUGCUCUCCAUGAACAACUUGAAUUUUUGUGACUCCAAUGUAAUCCAUCACUUUUUUUGUGACACAACUCCAGUGUUAGUCCUGUCCUGCACUGACACACAUGAUAUUGAGACAAUGCUAUCCAUUCUUGCCGGCUGCAAUGUAGUGGUGUCUGUUAGCACGAUUUCUGUGUCCUAUGGGUCCAUUCUCUCUACAAUCCUGAAAAUCACUUCUUCAUCAGGAAAGCAAAAAGCCUUCUCUACCUGUGCCUCCCACCUCCUGGGAGUCUCCAUCUUCUUUGGUAGCAUCAGUUUUACUUAUUUAAAGCCAAGUAAGUCCUACUCUCUGGGAAAAGACCAAGUGGCCUCUGUUUUUUAUACUAUUGUGAUCCCCAUGCUGAACCCACUCAUUUAUAGUCUAAGGAAUAAAGAGGUGAAAAAAGCUUUCCUUAGAGUUAUGCAGAAUAGAGUGGGCACCAAGCAUUUAAGCUGA